GCUCUAUCUAGGCAGUUGUAUGACCAAUAAAGGAUGUUGCACCACUGGUGGUAGAUUAAGAAUAAUCGUAUACAUAUUUCUUUUAAACUAUUUUGUAAACACUCAUUAUUGAUCUUAUCCAUUUAUAAGAUCAGAAAAUCAUAUAUGUUAAUUGUAAAGAAAGUUAUAAACUAAAAGGGUGACAUUCCUGACACCCACCCCAAAAAAACCACGCCAUACGGUUUGUUGGCUGGACUGUCUUCAUCUGCGUCGAAAUACUUGACGCACCGGCCAUGGCCACCAAUGGUAUGGAUGGUGAAUCAAGCGCCGAUAGAAAUGUAGAAAUAUGGAAAAUAAAAAAGCUUAUCAAGAGUUUGGAAGCCGCUCGAGGGUAAUUGAAACUAAACUAUUUAAUAUUGUUCAUUAAGUUGUACAAUCAUUGAAAUGUCAUCGUGUGUUAGUGUUGUCGUUGUUUUGGUGAAGGGUGAAGUGACAAGAUCUUUCCCUAAUAUUUUAUCCUUUUCCUAUGUAGGCCUAAGCUUAAGUAAGGUUAUACAUAAAAUUAUUGCAAAUUUGAUUGUUAACUGGUACAUUUUAAAUUAUUUGAGUUUUUGUCUCUUGGGCUUAGGCAUUAAAAAGUAAGUCUACUUUGGAAAAUCUAGUUUUUGGGUAGUAGAAAUUACAUCUUCAUCUAGUUAAAGAGACGAAGGGUUUCAAAUUCAAUAAAGCUUACUUUUAAAUUUGUCAAAUAAUUUUUCAGGAGAAUAAGUGAGGUGAUUGGCUUAAGAGUGCGUCAUUACCCAAAUUAUUUUUCGUACAAUCUGCCUUUGAGUAUGAAUGGGCUAUAACUAUAAGAGGGUGUAUGUGUGUGUUUUAAUAGUUAAUAUGAAUGUCCAGCUUUGGCUUUAAAUGAAUGGGCUUACUUUUAACUUUAAAAAUGCAACUUCUAUACCUUAGGACUAGGCUUAAUUAUUGUUUUAUUUAAAAUGGUAAAUCCAACAAAAUUAAGAAUUAAGGCAGACGAAAAAGUAAACGUACCUAAGUAAAUAAUCACCCUCUGGUACAAUUUGGGUGUAAGAAAAAUCUGUGGAAUUAAAAAAGAAAAAUUUGAGCAGACUUACUGUCACUUACACAAUUUCAUAAAAAUGUAUGAGCAAAAAUAUACCUUACAAUAACAUACAUGAUUUUUAUUGAUGUAGCCUAUACAUUUUUUCUAUACUACACCAUGCUUCAUUUUUCACCUCAUUUUCCAAAAUAAACAAAUCACCUAAUAAAAAUUUUAAUAAUCAAUAAGCAAAAUAAACUUUUAAUCCAAAAUUUUCUUUAGAUGGAAUCAACUACUUCAACUGCUUGUGGUUGCUAUAUUAUCUUAAUAUUACCCUGAACUUAUCCGUUUUAUAUUUCUCAGUAGUAACCAUUUUAAAUCUCAUAGAUUAUAUGUAAUCAUAAGAAUUAAUUUUCCUUUUGCUUGGUAGAUAUUAAAAGUAAAAGAACUGUCAAACCAGGGUACAUGAGACUUAGAGCGUAACAAAAUUGUAAAAAAUUUAAACGUGAUAAAUAGCGAGGCACUAAUCACUGAGCAAAUGUUUACCAAAGCAUCUUUUUGAAUUCUUAGAUAUUCUGGUUUUACAAAAAACUUGUUGUUAAAAUUUUCAUAUUAUUUUGGAACCAUAAAUUUAACAAAAUAUUUUGAUUUAUUCUUUACAGAAAUGGCACAAGCAUGAUAUCCCUUAUUAUUCCACCCAGAGAUCAGAUAGCUCGUGUUAACAAAAUGUUAGCUGAUGAAUUUGGAACUGCAUCCAACAUAAAAAGUAGAGUUAACAGAUUGUCUGUAUUGGGGGCUAUUACAUCAGUACAGCAAAGACUUAAAUUAUACAAUAAAGGUACUUAAUUUGAUAGAAAGUGUAGCCUUGAAAGUAUUUAAAAUGUCCUAAUUUGUUAAGUUUUAGAAAUAUAUAUAUUUUUUUUUACAUGUAAACAGUUUAUUAAAGUCUUUUCUCACUAGUAUUAUCAUAGCUUUCAAAUUCAUGUUAUAUAAUAUUAAAGUUCCCCCUUCAUUUUCUUUCUAGUUCCUCCAAAUGGUCUUGUUAUAUACUGUGGAACGAUCAUCACAGAGGAGGGUAAAGAAAAGAAAGUUAACAUUGAUUUUGAGCCAUUCCGCCCUAUCAACACUUCACUUUAUCUUUGUGACAAUAAAUUUCAUACAGAGGUAAGUUAUUAAUUGCAUGGCAGAAUUAAAUGAUUUAGUAGCAAGUAUGCUGAUGUGUGUCCAAUUACUCUCUACUCUCAAGACAGCUUCGUAGAGGCUGGUCAGAGUAUAUGAUGGAUAGAUGGAGAUCGAAGACACCAUCCAAGCUAAAGGAAGAAGAUAUUUCAAUGAAUCCCAGGCCAUACCCACAUUGCUGGAAAUGAACAAGCAGAUCAAGGGUCACCAAUCACUAAUCAAACCUGCCAAUGACAUAUCUGGGUGUCAAAGCAUGUUAAAAAGUCCUUCUUGAAGUGUGACUUAGUAAGCAGUCGGACAGCAUGGAUACCCUUCAGAAAAAUGCUGCAACCAAGCAGAGUAACCUUUGAAACUUCAUCUCCAAUAUCAUAGUCUGGUAACACAGAUAAUAAUAAUAAUAAAUUUUAUUUCAAAAACACGCUACAUCCCCAAAGGCUCGAAGCGCGGUUAAAAAACCCCCCAAACAAAACAAGUCUAUAAUUUAACCACAUUUAAAACAAACGCAACACUACAAAAACUAAUUACAAGCAUACCAAGUCAAAGUCUUUCUGCCCAUUUCAACCCUAAGCAACACAGCCAAUAUGCAUUAAAUGGAAAAUAUGGUAGACAAUCAUCCCAGAAGGUGUUUGCGAAAUAAAUGUGUCUUUAAAUCGGUUUUAAAGGUUUUAUAGAUGAGAGCCAAGCAUACCCCAGCAAAUAUGCAGAGAGACUCAACCUGCCAUCACUGUUCCCAUGAGCCUGAGUCUGUUUCCCAUUUUUUAGCUGAUUUUGUUGGGUCUUAAGUUAUUCACCUGUUCUACUGUAGUGCCCAGCAGAUGAAAUAUGUCGCUGUUGCAAUAUCCUGGGUCUUAAAGAGCGACUAGCUCUGCCUCAAAAGAAACUGUACAAUUAGCAAAAAACUCCAAAUAGUUAGUGCUAGUAGUAAAAGACACAGAGAUCCUGUUUAAUUAUUCUAAGUCUGUAUCUUCAAAGAAUGUGUCAAUCUUACUCAAUCUUGUUUUAUUUCUUUGCAGGCUUUAACAGCUUUGCUGGCAGAUGACAACAAAUUUGGAUUCAUUGUGAUGGAUGGUAAUGGAGCACUUUUUGGUACAUUAUCAGGCAACACAAGAGAAGUUUUGCACAAGUUUACUGUAGAUUUACCAAAAAAACAUGGUACGGCUAUAAUUUGAAUAUUUAGGUCCAAUACACAUUAUUCAUGUCCUCAUUACUCUAUCAUCCAGUGUAUGCCCAGUAUAUAUUUCUAGCUUUUUCUCACAUCCAAUAUAUCUAGUAGCUAUCGUAACAAUGAUUCUUUAAACAUUAAUUUCAUUUUUCUGUAUUUAAGUUAUUUGCCAAGUGCUGUUAAUAUUAAUGAUGUCUUUGAUAUGAAUUUUUAAGUGGAAUCUAGCUUUAGUACUGAACAGUUUAUUAUAUAUUUUAACAUUUUAUUUUUUGUUGUUACUUUACAAAGUUCAUCAAUUCUCCAGGUAGGAUUAGAAGAAUUAAAAGUACUUAAUAAAUUUUAAGAGUAAUUUUUUUUUAUUCUGUUCUUAAUACAAACAUAAUAAUUUUGUUGGGCAGGUAGAGGAGGUCAAUCAGCCCUUCGAUUUGCUCGUCUAAGGAUGGAGAAACGACACAAUUAUGUACGAAAAGUAGCUGAAGUUGCAGUCACAUUAUUCAUUACCAAUGACAAGCCUAAUAUUGCAGGGUUAGUUUUAGCUGGAUCUGCUGAUUUCAAAACUGAGCUAAGCCAAUCAGAUAUGUUUGAUCCUGUAAGUUAUCUUAAUUUUUUUAUUUUGUGGAAGUGUUUUUUUUAAACAUGUCAUCAUUCAUUCUCAUUUGUAUCCAGUCUUUCAUGUAUGAACAACUCAUCUCUAAAUCGCACUUGUUAAAUUAGUUUAAUGGAAUUGUUAAUACUGAAAUAAUAAUAAUAAUAAUAAAGUUUAUUUGAAAAACACGCUUCAUCCCCAAAAGCUCGAAGCGCGUCAACCAUAUUAAAAAGAGAAAUAAAAACAAUCUAAAAUUUACCACAUUUAAAAACAGACGCAACAAUAUAAAGCUACAUACUAGCAUAACCAGUCAAAGUCUUUCAUCCCAUUUCAACCAUAAGCAACACAAGCCAAUAUACAUUAACUGAAAAAGAUGGUAAAUAGCAUCACCCCAGAAGGUGUUUGCGAAAUAGAUGUGUUUUCAAAUCGGUUUUAAAGGACUCCAGUGUCUGGCUGUUUCUGAGAGCGACUGGAAGUGCGUUCCAAAUUGUUGGGCCGGCAAAUGCAAAAGUGCACUUUCCGUAAGUCUCAAGGCGAACACACGGUAUCGAUAUUUUGCCACUAUCGGAUGAGCGGAGCUCUCUAGUGGGUACAUAAGGCGUCAUGAGUGCUUUGAGAUAAGAUGGCGCCAGGUCAUGUAAGCAGUCGUAGCACGUAAGCAGUCGUAGCACAAAGUUGCAAUUUUGUAUUCUAUUUGAGCGCGGACCGGCAGCCAGUGCAGCUCACUCAGAAGUGUUUUAGCAUGGUCGAAUUUGCGUUUGCGAAGAACAAUGCGAGCCGCAUUAUUCUGUGCUCUUUGUCUGACUGUUACUUUAGCCUUUUAUCUAAAAAAUCAUGUUCACCUAAAUCUUAAUUUCAUAACUCAUACGCUCUUAAAAAUAUAUAUUUUUUCAAUAUUUAUUUUGUUUUUUUCCAGCGUUUGCAAGCAAAAAUUAUCAAAAUUGUGGAUGUUUCCUAUGGUGGAGAAAAUGGCUUUAAUCAAGCAAUCGAACUUGCAGCGGAUUCGUUAGCAAAUGUGAAAUUUAUUCAGGAAAAAAAACUAAUAGGUAAGCUAUCUGCUGUCAAAGUUAAACAAGUUGAGAAGUAUUUUUCUAGUUUGCAAGGAACUAUCGCUCAAUAGGGACAAUGUUUAUAGCAGUGUUAUGAAACUUUUUUUCUUUCAUGGUAUACCUAGGCACCCCCUCCCCCCCCCCCAUAAUUCGUAGCACACCAUUUACAAGUUACAUUUCAGUUUAGUUUUGCUGAAUAUAGAUUUUUCAUUCUUUAUUCAAUAUAUGAUGAAGCUUGUUCUCUAGGAUUCUUCCAAGCAAGAAAGUUUAUUAUUUUUGAAGAAAGAAAAAAACUUUUUUUCUAUAAAAGUAGUGAAAAUUUUUUCGAGAUGCACAAUUAUCUCAAUGGAAAUUCAAGAUUGUUCUCCUUUAACUGAAAUUCAGAAAAUAUUGAAUUUAACUUCAGUGAAUGUAAAUUUCAGCGAACCAGACAUUCCUAUUAAACUUGAAGAGAAAGUUGAUAUGCAUAAUUUUAUGCAUGAAAUUUGAAACGGUACCAGAUCCCAUUUUCAUGCUCAUUAUCUUAUCAUAUUGGUCAAUAUCUGUUGUCUUAAUGCCAGAUGCUGUUAAGUAAAAUUUUCAAUAUAUCAACUUCUGACCAAUUUUGGUACAUGUCUUAUUAGCCAAAGUCGAGUUUUUUUUUAUAGCCAGUUUAAUUUAUUGAACCAUGGUAGACAUUAUCAUUCUGAACUUUCUUUUUCAAACAAAUUUAAGUCAUGUGUACAAUGAAGUUGAUAUUAUAUGCAAAUUAAGUGCCCGCAAUUAUUAUCUUUGGAGUGGCUUGUGUUGGUCAGGCAUGUUACGGUUUAUUAAAAAUUUCCAGAACACUCUUGGGAGCCCCAAUUAUGAGAAAAAACGCAUUGCAGUGGGAAAUAAACAAUUUAUAUAUGGUCCUAUUUCUUUGCAGAUUAUGUACAAAUUUAUGCCAAUUAUUAAUUCUCAUUUCAAAUGUUUAAGAUGUUGACAUAUUUGUUCAUUGUUUGCAAUAGUUCAUCAAGCAAUAUAACAUGCAUUUCUAAUCCGGCCCAUCCAUGCAGACACUAACAUUAUAACUUCAUUGAAUGUCACAUGUUUUUAAGAAAUAAUCAGUUACUCGAGAAAUGGCAUUAAAAAUACAAUACCUGUUAUCUGUAUUGAUUUAUGGAGUGAGACAAAUAUUUGUUAACUUCUUUCUCAAAUUUAGGCCCCAACUUUGAUAGAGAGAUUUACAUACAUGCUGAUUUAAAAAAUAUUACUCAAACUUAUUUAUUUUCCAAUAUGCAGUUAUGGUAACUAGGUUCUGAGACUGGGGCAGGCAAUGUUAUUUUUGCAACCGCUUGAGAGUUUGAAUUAAAAAUCGCUGAGAAUUAGUCUCACCAUUGUUAUAAGAAAAUUGGACUGCGAUAAAGCUGAUUAAUUAGACACAAACUUUUGUUAGCCAAACUGUAUUCUUUAUUUUGGAUGACAAAGUUUAUUUAGGACAAUGUUACUUGACAUAUUUAUAUGAGGACAUAAUCUGUGAUGUUUGACUGUAAAAUUUUAACAGCUUUGUAGGGCUGAUUAGCUCAUCACUGUUCCAUUUUAUAAAAAAAAAUUUUUUUCAAUUGUUGAGUUUACCAUAAACUCUGGUUUCAGUUUUCCACCUCAUGAAUCCCUAUUGCCGUGGCACACCAGUUGCAAACCUCUGGUUUGAAAUUAAAAUCUCUUAUUUUAAACGAAUGCCAACUAGAGCAAAACUAAUUAAAACUUUUUCAUGUAAUACAUGUUUGUAAUACAUGUUUAGAUGUUUGUGUAAAAAUAUAAAAGGCAUUAUUUCUCAUCUUUUCUAUAACCAAAUAAAUUAAUCACUGUUAUCUGUAUUUAUUUCCUUUGGCUUUACCACAGUCCAACCCUAUUCUAAUUACUCAAAGUUGAAAAAAAACACUUUAACUUCUGCAAUCAAGGUUUUGAAAUAUUGAAAUUCAGAUUUAUUAUUUGGCUGAUGAUUAUGGUGUUCUGUGUUUAUUUAAAAGCAGAAUUUUAAUAAGAUUUUUGUAAACUUCUUUUUAAUCUUAUUUCCCCUUUUUACUUGCCUUUUCAAGUCUUUAGUGGUGUAUAGGCCAUUAAUUUAAAUAUUUAAUUUGCCUAAACCAAUCAGUUCCUUUCAUAUGCACAUUUCUUAGGUAAUAUAUACUUAUUCCUUAGAAAUGUUUUUAAUUGGAAUUAUAGAAUAAUAGCACAUUUUCCAAGCUUACUCAUAUCUGUAUUAUGUGUUCAUUAUUUAGGUCGGUACUUUGAUGAAAUCUCUCAGGAUACUGGAAAGUAUUGCUUUGGUGUGGAAGAUACUCUUAAAGCUAUGGAGAUGGGAGCAGUAGACAUUCUAAUAGUAUGGGAGAAUUUAGACAUCCAGAGAUUUGUCUUAAAGAACCACUCAACGGACGGUAUGCCAUUUUAAAUGUUACAAACCAUGUUAUUUAUUGAAUAGCAAGUUGUCUAGGGGGGGUUGUAUGACUUGACUAAGGAUAUUGUAGCAAAAGAUUAUUCUUAUCAAUAGAAUAAACAUGAACUUAACCCUUACAGUACCCGGCGCGUCUUUUUGCCUAAUUUUUCCCUGUGACCCAAGCGUGUCUUUUUUUACCAACCGAUCGUUUUCCCUGUGGCCCAAGCGUGUCUAUUUGCCACAUAGAGGGGUAUCUAAUAAAAACACAGAAACGAGGAUAUAACCUUUCACCCCAGUCUCGGGCAGAAUGUUUAUUCGUUAGGGGAAUAGUCAAAUUUUAAUUUGCAUUUUAAAUUAUGUAAAUCGACCAAUUACUGAGUUUUUUAUGCGGAUCUGUAUUUGUUGUUUCCAUGGCGCCACUUAAUCGCUAUUUUUGAUGGCGACUUACGCCCACUUGAUGAAACCUUUUAUUCUGAAAAUAUUAUUGAAAUUUAAUUGGGAUUAGAAGUGUUUUUUUAACACCCUUAUCCAUUUCUGAACAGAUAAUUCUCUACAUGUUAUUAUCAAUUGUUUAAAACAAAAAAGUUACAAAAUAAAUUAACAUCCUAUCAAAUUUUGACUCAUUCCAAAAUUAAUGUCUGGGCCACAGGGAAUAAUUAGCCAGUUAAUGGCCGGUAAAAGUAGGUCAGUACUGUAAGGGUCAACACUUUAUAUCCACAUAGCACAUAGUAGGGUAAAAAAAAACUUUUAUCCAAGACUUUUUCCACUUGUAUUGUGAAACAAAAGUUUUUAAGACGGUAAGCUCAAUAACUUUGUCAUGACAGACAAAAUUGAUUUCACUAAAUAAAUUUAAAUAUAGGAAUCUGUUUUACCAGUAUUACAGCAUAAAUUAACAGAUGAAUUAUGUAUAAUCGCAUGAAUUGUUAAAUUCAUUAAAAAAAAACAACCUCAAAAUUUGAUGAAAAUCUGAAUUUAAACAAGCCGUUUUCAUUUUAAAGUUGUGAUUUAACCUUUUGGGGAUGUAAUUAUUUUAAUAAUUUUAGAAGGAUUGUGAAUCAAUUAAAAAUUUAUCAUGUUGCUAUGUUAUACAGAUGCCUUUCAGCGUUUUUUGGAUAAAAGGUUAAAAUUGGUGAUCACCUAUCAGCAUAGUGUGGAUAUAAAGCAUUAUAAGUGAAUGUAUACAAUUUUUUUUUAAACAAUCAAGGUAACAACUACACAUCGGAAAGCAUUAAGGAAAGUAGAUGCACUAUGUCUUGUAUGACUAUAGUUGAGGACCAAUAUUAAAAUAAUUAAUGUAUGUAUAGAGUUUAGAUUAUAUAGGAAUAUAUAAUAUGAAAGUCACAAAAGAAUACACACGAAUAAUAGCACUUGGACUAAAAAUGCUCUCUGAACCUAGUUUCAAGAUUUGCACGGGUAAUAAAGAAGUGUCUUUCCUGGAAAAUCUAUUGAAGUAAUUUAAAUUAAGUGUUAAUGGUUGAUUCUCAUAUGACUCAUAUAAAAUGUGUCUGUCACAGAUACAUUUUUUCCCUACAUUUCUCAUGCACUGAUAUCUGUGUACAUCUCUUUAUUAGGGUAUUAAACUAUGUUAAGAAAAUAAAUAAAUAUGGUUGGAUAGCAAAAAAAUCAUUUAUGGUAACAGUAGCAUUAACUUUAUUCUUUAAGUGAAGAUCAUGCGAAGAGUACUUUUCAGUAGUUUAAAUUAGAAUAAGUCACACAACAAAGCCAUUAGAAGAUAGCAUAAUAAAACAACACAUGAAGCAAUUAUUUAUAAAUGUGAUCCUCUUGGUCAUUUGAUUAUAAUCCAAAAUGUAUUUCAUUCCAUUUGUUUCUUAACUUUUAUAUUGUACUCAAUACUAUUUGUACACAUGGAGUUUUUUCUCUUUGACUGGGAAUCUGAAUUGACAGUUGAAUGGUUUAAAAAUGGUGUUUCUCAUUGCAUUUAUGUGUAUGACAUUGGAUCAUUGCUGUUUCUAAUCAUUGCUGUUUCUAUAAAUUAAAGAAGUGUAGCAAAAAAUGUAGGAUUAAAAAAAAUAUUGGCUUAUAAACCUAUAAACAAGGAAAUUUAUCAAAUUAUUCCAUGAAAAAAUAUAAUUAACGCUAUGUUAAAAUAAUGUGCUUCUUUUAUAACAAAACAAGUGUGUUAUAAUGAUCUGUUCUAUCGUUAACGCAACAUUUCAAAUUUCUUUUUAAUCAACAGAGGAAAAAAUUUUACACCUACGGCCGGAUCAAGAAAAAGAUAAAACUUAUUUCACAGACAAAGAGGUAGGAUUCCAAAUUGCUUUCUUAUCAUUCAUAAUUUUGAAUGGUUGUGAUAUCUGAAUAUUUAGAGUUCUUGGAAGCAAUGUAUUUACAACAGAUAAAACAAGUGUAUUUGUUUGCUAAAUAAGUGUAUUAUUUUUAAAUAAUUAGGAAAACGGGAUGUUAAUAUUAUUAUUAGUGGUGGUUUUAUAUAGCUCACCACGCUGUACAUACAAUUUAACAAACAUAAUCAUGAUCUUAAAAAUUAACUUACAUUAAUUAAAUAAAACAAAACCAAUGUAUAUUCACUCCAAACAUUUAAGAACUAUUUACAUGUCAAGCCAUGGACAGCUACCCAGCAGCAUUGUUUAUUGGUCAGGGGGGAAUUAUUGAUGGACAGAUUCUCGCUUUAAGUAGCAAUUUGUGUUAAAGUUAAAGGCCACUUAUUUAAUAACUAUUUAAAAUAUUGCAACUUUAAAGGUUGUAUUUUCUUUUGACUUUCUUAUAAAAUGUUUUUUCUCAUUUAGACAGGAGUUGAAUUAGAAUUGAUAGAGCAAAUGCCUUUGCUGGAGUGGUUUGCCAACAAUUAUAAAAAUUUUGGUAAGUUAAAAUGCUCUCUGUAUUCUUUGGUCAUAUGUAAAAGAUCGUUUUGUCAAUUUUUGGCUAUUCCAAUGUAAUUUCAUAGUAAUGUUUCUAUUUCUAAUGACUAUUAUUGACUAUUUAUUAGGACAGACCAAAUGAAAUUUGAAAUAUAGUAUUUUAAAUGUACAUAAAAUUUAAAGUAAUUAACAUUUUGUCUGCUUUUAGGUGCCACUCUUGAAAUUAUUACAGAUAAGUCACAGGAAGGAGCUCAGUUUGUCAAGGGUUUUGGUGGUAUAGGAGGUAAAGACAAAUUACCUGAUUACUAUUUAUGUUCUAUAAUGCUGCAUUACUUGACUUAAAAAAGCUAAUAAUCAGAUUCCUGGAGUAGACUUUAAAAAUAUUUGGAUCAUUUUUUUUUUGUGGAGAAAUUAACCUUUUUGAUAUGGCCACGCCAAUCUAUCGGCCCAGAGUGUUAAGGCAAGUUAGAGGAAAGGCUGAUCUAUUUGCCCAAUCAUAAAAGCCUUGAGAUAAGCUGGCCACGACACAAAUUUUCACAUAGUUACUGCAGCUUCACAUAGUUACUGCAGCUUUUCCAAAGCUUUUUUUUUUUUAGCCUAGCACAUCCUGAUAACCAAAAUUAGUGGGUGAAAAACAGCAGUCUAGAUGCUACUUUACAACAAAAUUGAAUUUCAAUUUUUAUUGCAUUUAGGCCUUAAGACUAAGAUUCAUAAUUGUAGGAUUUAAAAAAAAACCAUGAAAUUCGUUUGUAUAGAAAUGUAAUAUAUGAAAAACAUUAAGGUGGUCAAUUGUUGAAAAUCAAAUUUUAUUUUAACAAUUCUCUCCCCCCACCCCGAAUGGAACACCCAAAAACCCUUUCCUGUUUCUCCUUUAUGGAUGCCUCAUGAGUGACACUAUAUAAAAUGCAAGGGCUAAAUUUAUUUUUAAUGCUACCAAUUUAAAACUUAUUUUUAUAAAAACAAUUUUAAAAAUGUAUACUUUAUUUUUCAAGUACUUUUCAUUACAUUUCUGCUGAAAAUUUAAUGCAAAACUUGCUCUUAAAGAAUUAAUAAAAGUUUAUUUUUCCACAUUUAAAUAAACCGAUCACUAGUUAAGUUUCUAUAUCAAUUAUACAUUGUUGAGAAUUUUGUUUACUCAGAACUUAUUAAUUGGAUUAUAAAAUCAUGAUGUAUUUCAUGUUUUUUUCCCAACUAGGUAUCUUAAGGUAUCAAGUGGACUUCCAGGCACUGGAUCCCUCAUUGCAAGAAGGUUUAUAUGAAGAUUUUGAUUUGGACGAUUAUUAAAGAGUGUUCUUUGCACAUGGAUCAGCCUUCCUUAAGAUGGACAGUUUCCUAUCUAUUACUUCUUCUUCUUUCUAUCAUAUAUGCUAAUGGAAUCCAACAAACCCUGCCUUUGAAGGUCUGCAAUGGUACCGCAACAGUGUUUAAUGAUAGGGCAGACAGAUUGCCCUGUUUCUGAUAUAUGGGCCAUUAUUAACAAAAUGAAUGACUGUCUUUCAUUAAAGGCUAGGUGAGCAAAAUGUCUGUAACACUAUGUACAGAAUUUAAAAAAUAUAAAAUUCUUUGAAGUGAUCUACUAUAAAUUUCACUGGGCUAAAAGUAUUUUGCUGAAAUUGUCCAGCAUUAGCUCGGAUUCUAUGCUGGGAUGAUGGUGCCCAGUCAUGUAGAAGUACUAUCAUACUCUUUGUAAUCAGAAUCAUUGGGACACAAUGUAUAUCAGCUAUAUAUGUAAUUUAUCUGACUUAGUAUGACCAAGAAAAUGCUAAUACCGAAUGACCCACAUUUUAUAGUAUGAGCCCAUGGUGUACCAGUUAACAGGAAUGCAAUGUAAAGAAAUCAUUUGUUGAUAAAUGCCCCUUCAUUAUUAAUUAUGUUGUUUCAAAUGUAUUUACAAACAAGUGAGAUUGUAGAUAAAGUUUAUUGUAAGAAUGAUUGUUGAAACAGAACUUGUAAGCUUCCUUAGUUGAAAUGACUUGUGUUUUAUGUCCAUCUCUGACACUAAUUUACACAAAAACCAAAAUGCUAUUUAUUGCAAGUUGUUUAUGCUGAUCUUUUAGUUUUGCCUUUUGGGUUUGAGGGGUGCUGGAUACAGAUAUCUCGCAGAAUAAAUUUAAUUUUAAAAUGU